AUGGAUCCCGUCUCGGCCUUAUCCGUUGCUGCCUCUGUCGUCGGCUUCUUGGAUACCGCCCAGAAAGUACUGUUUGAAGGCCGCGGAAGGCUUCAGGACAGCUCAGAACUCGCCCAGAUCCACGAUACACUAGAAAUCGUAAACCAGAUGAGGUUGAAUUCCACCAACGACGAGCUUAGUAUGAUUGCGGACGAUGCCGGCGGGCUAGUUGCAGAUUUGCAGGGGGUAUUGAGAGCGAAACAGGCCUUGAAACCUGACGAGUCCGCGUGGGAGCGUGUGGCGUACUCUGAUCAGGAGAGAUUCGACGAGAUCCAAGCCUCACCCCGUUUUGCAGAACUCGAUGCAUAUUCCAAGGCCGCUGUUACCGCACUGCUCGCCCAGGGGAAAUCUAACCUGACGACCGAGGAAGAGACACACUACCUGACCUCGGCUGGAGAACUCAUUAACCGCGUUCUGGGGCCGGGAAACAAUGGAGAACCUGAUCGAGAAAGGGAGUUCGCCAUAAGACGAGAAGCUGACGGCGCAGUCUUGAGGCUCCUCCAAUACGGGGCCAUGGAUCGUCGAAAAGACGAUAUUGAGCCGACGUUCGGUUCCUCCUUUCAGUGGAUCUUCGAGGAGCCCGUGAACGAGAGAUGGACCAAUUUUCCGGAAUGGAUGGCCGAUGGAUCCGGCCUCUAUCUCAUCACCGGCAAGGAGGCCUCGGGGAAAUCGACGCUGAUGAAAUACAUCUCCACACAGCCCCAGACUACCCCGGCACCCGGCUUGAAAAGUCAAGAGGAAGGGCUCUUGAGAUCUCUGCUCUACAGCAUCCUCCACCAGCAACCGCAUCUUAUGCCAAACGUGUUUCCCAACGAAUGGUCCAUGUUUUACGCUUCGGCUUCCAACGACAGGAACCCUUCGAGCGCCGGGCUAGGAGCAUGGCGAGUAGACCACUUACGAGACGCCUUCCGGAGGCUGGUCAAGCAAGACCAGUCGGCCUUGAAGCUAUUCUUCCUCAUCGACGGUAUCGACGAGUACCAGCACGAAGACGGGAAAGAUAACUUCACUGAGAUAAUUGAGUUCUUCAAGAACGAAGUUGUAACCUCGCCCAGCAUCAAGGCUCUGGUUUCAAGUCGACCGCUAGAGGCAUUGGACAAGCUGGGGAUCCAGCCACAGCUCACAUUACACGACCUCAACCGGGAAGAUAUCAGGUCUUAUGUGAACAAAACACUCAACAAGGACGAUUUGUUGCCAGCGGCAAACGAGCUAGACGAGCAGACCUGGGAUUCUAUCAUCCUUUACAUUGUCGAAAACUCGAAUGGCGUGUUUCUGUGGGCCGUGUUAUCAGUCAGAGCCGUCCUAUCGAAGUUGGCGGACGGUGAGACAGUAUCCAAGAUCUUGGAUGAUCUUAAAAGACGAGCGAUGCCGAUGCUGGAUGACUUAUAUCGGAGGAUGUGGUCAGCCAUUCCCGUUGCCGUCCGACGCCACGCCUCGCAGGCGGCCCUGGUCAUGCUCGCCCGAACGGAUAUGAUGCAGAACGGGUCCGACAACGGCGAAGGCGCCCCGAGACUCUGGAAGUGUAACAAAUUGGCCAAAGAUUUCACCACGGCAUGGCCCGGAUUCAUUACGACUACGGCACCCGAAGACGGGGGACCCGACUGGAGUCUAACGUCGACGAUUCGGUACUGCCACCGGUCGGUGCCCGACUACCUUAGAAAGGAAUCCGCCUCGAUACUGGCUGAUGCCGUCGACCCUAUGUACCUGUUCCCCGGGCGCUUUUGCCCCCGCACCGCUUUACUCAAGUCAGCGGUGCAGCAGCUCAAAUGCGUUCCCCUAAGGACUCCUCGGCAAUACCUGUGGGCGUUUGUCACUACGGCGUUGCUGGCAGCGAACGAGAUCGAGUCCAAGCACGACCGGACCCAAGGCCUAAUGUGGAGGUAUGCAGAGUUACUGGCCGAGUUGGAUCGCACCAUGCAGCAUCACCAUGACAACCUGCAGAGGGGCCCCGAUUUUCGCUAUCUCGAAACGAAGCUCCAGGAUCCCCACGGGAUCGUCGGAGUAGAGGACCGCGGACGGGACUCGAAGCGCAUUGCCAAGAUGCACUGGGCCAACUUCCACUUCGAUCCGGAGUGCGCUCAUCAGAGAAGUUGGGAAGAUUCUUUUCUGACUCUUGCCAUCCAAUUCGGACUGCAGAAUUACGUCGGAGCCAAGCUCGGUAAAGGACUGAAGUCCAAGAAAGGCCGACCACUCCUCGACUACGCACUGGUCCCUUUAGCAAAGAUUGCCCCAUACGAUCUAGUGAAACCGGCGCUUGUCGAAACCCUGCUAGACCAAGGUGCGGAUCCAAACGAGAGGUUCGAAGGGCGGACGUGCUGGGAGCGCGCGCUGCAGUGGCAGUACGAGACCUACCCCAGCGCAGUCAAUGCCAUUGGCGCCAGGUUGGACGACGCGAGAAGGGUAGCCGAGGACCGCGUCAAGAUCUUCCAGUUGCUCAUCGACAAAAAGGCCGACAAGCGGGCAUUCAUCGUGACGCCAAAGGGGAAAAAGAUCUCGGCUCGGAGGGUGCUGAAUGAGUCGUUCAAGGCUUGGCCAAACGAGAAACCGCUUCAGGGGUUCAAACGCCUGAUUGAUUCGUUCCCGAAAGAUGACACGGAGAUAGGCAGCGGCACGUUUUUGUUCACUUCUGCUGCCAAUACGUGAUAUCACUAUCACCGCCGUAGGUCACCAACCACCAGGCUAUUUGAUAUUGGGGUCA